CUCGCUGAAGGGGGAGGCGCGUGGCCGCUGAGGGAAGAUGGCGGCCGCGGAGCGAGGCCUAGGCCCUGCCUGAGGCGGCGGAGGCGGUGGCGGCCGAAGCGUGGCGGCCCGGGGAUUGUUUCGUCCAGGAAAUGACUGAUUCUGAAGAUGAUGACGUUCCUCAGCUCUCCGCCUACGCCCUGGCGGCCCUGCAGGAAUUUUACACCGAGCGGCAACGGCAGCAGCAGCCUGGCCCGGAUGAAGAUAAGAAAUUCACCGUUGGAGUGAUAGAGGAGGACUGGCAGCUGAGUCAGUUCUGGUACAGCGAUGAGACGGCGUCACGACUGGCCGCUGAAGCCAUCUCCGCUGCCGGGAAAGGCGGCAGGAUCGCCUGUGUCAGUGCCCCCAGCGUCUACCAGAAGCUCAGGGAGUUGAGUGGGGAAAACUUUUCCGCAUACCUCUUGGAAUACGACAGAAGGUUUGCAAUAUAUGGAGAGGAGUUUGUUUUCUACGAUUACAACAAUCCUUUAAAUUUGCCCGAGACCGUGACCGCACACAGUUUUGACGUUGUAAUAGCCGAUCCUCCGUACCUCUCGGACGAGUGUCUCAGGAAAACAGCAGAGACUGUCAAGUACCUGACGCGAGGGAAGAUUCUGCUGUGCACAGGUGCUGUCAUGGAGGAAGCAGCAGCCAAGCACCUUGGUGUCAAGAUGUGCCACUUUGUCCCCAGACACACUCGAAAUUUGGCAAAUGAGUUUCGCUGUUAUGCCAACUAUGCCUCUGGGCUAGAGUGCGACUAGGCAGAAUCUGGCCCCUCGAUCUGAGCCAUGAGGUGGUUGGAAGAUGUAAAUGGGACUGGGCCCUACCCAUCUGACCGUCACCAGGAGGCUUUCCCCCAACCAGCAGUGUGGGACCAGGUACCAUUGCCUUCAGUGUGACACAAAGAGAGCUGCAGUAGUUCUGUUUCCUCAACAUCCUUUUCCUUGGCUAUAGCAACCAAGUGGAUUGUGCUCACUGCCCGAUAGUGACACACCCCUUCAGGAACAGGCUUGGUUGGUGACCUCAGUCCCUCCUCUGGGGGAGCUGGGCAGGGAGGAGGAGGAGGAAAGACGUUGGAAGCUGCUUCGGGUCAUUCUGGGCACAGUGGUGGGGGUUGGGGAGGGCAACCACUUGCCACAUGGACUUGGGAGCAGGGGUAGAGAGAGCUGCACAGCUCCCUCUGGGUGGGGGGCGGGGAGUACAUUUUUGGACCCGUUGGACUUUUCUCCCCACCUAAAAUAAUUAACUUUGAACUCUUCAUGCGUUUAUCAUUUUUAAAAAAACACCUUUUAAAUUGAUCUGUUGAAAAAGUCAACUGGGCUUGCAACAAGGCUUUAUUAACUAAUAGACCAGUGCUGACUUGGAAUGUGUAAAUUAGGAAUUGAGGGUGUUGGGAUUUUAAAGAGCCCAUUUUUGCUUGGAAGGCCAGGAACAUUACUGUACCAGAGGUACCGUAAACCUGACGCUUUACAGAAAAAACGUAAUUCUUAUUUCCCCAUUAUGGGGAGUUGACUCACCAUUUACCACCAGCAGUAAACAGGCAUGUAACUGCCAUAUUUAUUUUCCUGCUCGGUGUUCUGAGCCGCUGACACUGCAGGUUCUUGCUCUGCCUGAGGAAGGAGCAGAGGAAUCAAGUGUUGUAGUUGCUGGUAUGAGAACAAGGAGGAUGGAGCUCACCAUUAGGUGCAUCGUGGGAAAUGCCAAAAGUUGCUCACCCCAGGCCCAGCUGUCAGGAACAGAGAUGAUGGGGAAUCUGUUUUCUGACCUCUCAGUUCUCACUCGAGAAAGUCAUUUAAAACUGAACCCACUAGUUAGGACUUUCUAGUUUGAGUAAGGGAAACAAUUUUUAUAUUAUACAAACCAGAUCCUUGAUGGGGUUUUUUCCCCUCUCUUUGGAAUUAAGAAGCGGAAAUGAAUUGCCCAGCGUCCAUUUCAACAAGGCAGCUCGGUUUGGGGGCAAGAAUAGCCAAAAGCCCCUCGUAGGUUAGAGUGGUGGUUUCUUUUUGAGCUUCUCCCCAGCAGCUUUGCGGGCAGUGCUGGCUUUCAUUUUCCUGCUGGGGCCUGGGAGGAGCUGCACUAGGCUGCCAUCUAGCCCACAAGCAGGCCCAAGGGAAGAAGGAGGGAACUGGAUCAAGGACUAAAGGGGUUUUCCAAAUGCACACAAUACACCUGCCCAGACUGUAACAUUGUCUCCACAGUGGGGUGGGGAACCUACAGCCACCACCUCAUACCACAGUAGGGGUGGGGGUCAGGAAAAAGGGAAGCAGUGUGUCACAAUUUUGUGCAACAGAGUUAGGACAAGCACCAGAGGUCCCAUCCGUUUCCCCCCGACCUCCCGCCUUGAGCUGAAUAAAACACUCACUGUUA